CUGGGGUGUAUUUACCACAAGGCAAACAAGGCAUUUGCCUAGGGCGGCAUUUUUCUGGGGGGCAGCACUGUCCCUUGGAAGAAGGGAUGGAAGAAGGAACACACGCAGCAUGGGGACCUGGUGGGUUCUGAGAGAGGCUGUGGGUUUCAUGACGGUGUAUGCACAGCCCGACACUCGUUCCUGGGGAUGUCCGGAGCUGUGAAGGCGAGUGUCUUUCUCUCGCCAUGGGGGAUGGUGGCUUGUGUAUAGAGGGCAGUGGUAGUGAAAGGCUCUUUCUAUGGGGG